AGGCCCAUGGGUCAUUUUGGUUUUCCACCCCUUCAAACAUAACCAGCACCACACAACCGUUGCCACUCGGCUUCUGUUUGUUGCUGACUCAUUUUCAUGGCUUCCAGACUCUCCUUCACUCCACUUCCCGAUUUCCCAGCCCCAGUUGAAGUAUUUCCGAGACCCCAUCAGCGAAGCCCAUGUUUUACUCUUCCACUAUCAACCUUUUGUUCUGUGGUUUCUUCUUCUAAGACCAUUUCAAUCUCUAGAAGAGGAUCGCCAGCUCUCAAUGCUGUCAAGGAGCAGCUCAUCCAAUCCUCAAAUUCAGAACCGACCCAUGAUUCCAAAACUGAUUCAUCUUCGUCUUCUAAGCUCGUUCUCGUCGUUGGCGGCUCCGGCGGAGUUGGGCAGUUGGUUGUGGCAUCAUUGCUAAAACGGAAUAUCAAGUCACGGCUAUUACUGCGAGAUCCCGAGAAAGCAAUCGCCUUGUUUGGUAAACAAGAUGAGGAGAAAUUGCAGGUUUUCGAAGGGGAUACUCGGAAUCCAGAGGAUAUAGAUCCAUCUAUCUUUGAGGGAGUCACACAUGUGAUUUGCUGCACGGGAACGACAGCCUUUCCUUCUAAACGGUGGAAUGGAGAUAAUACACCAGAAAGAGUAGAUUGGGAGGGUGUGAGAAAUCUUGUAUCUGCACUGCCACCUUCAUUGAAGAGGAUUGUUCUUGUUUCAUCAGUAGGUGUAACAAAGUCCAGCGAACUACCAUGGAGUAUUAUGAACCUCUUUGGUGUUCUGAAAUUUAAAAAGAUGGGGGAGGAUUUUCUUCGUAAUUCUGGUCUUCCAUUUACCAUAAUCAGGCCUGGCAGAUUGACAGAUGGACCUUACACAUCUUAUGAUCUAAAUACUUUGCUCAAAGCUACAGCUGGGCAAAGACGUGCAGUCCUUAUAGGUCAAGGAGAUAAACUUGUUGGAGAGGCUAGCAGACUUGUAAUCGCAGAGGCUUGCAUACAAGCACUGGACAUAGACUCUACUCAAGGCAAUGUUUAUGAAAUCAAUUCAGUUGAGGGGGAAGGACCAGGAAGUGAUCCACAGAAGUGGCUAGAGCUAUUCAAAGCUGCACAAGGCCAAUGACUCAAUUUGGUUCAUCUGUGUGUAGUAAGGUAUAGAUACUGUUUGAAACAGAGAAAUGAAUGCCAUCAUUACUGUAUACUGCACUGAAAAUAAUUAUUUUAUGUAAAUACAGAAGAUAUUUAGUCACUACUAUUAGUGAGUGAUGACAGAACCCACAGAGGCCUCAUUGGCAAGAUUCAUUAUGAUAGAAUUACAGAGCAAUGGUGUAUCAAUUAAAGACUUUCUUCAUAUCAUUCUCAACAUAAUGGAUUUGUAAAUUAUAGAAUA